UCGUCGUCGCCACCGGGCUUUCAGUUUUCCGUCUUCUCACCGGCUCGCCGCCGAUCACGCCCCGACCGGAGACCGUAAUUCUCACCAAGUUUGUCCUCCUCGCUCUGACCUCUGUCGAAUUUACUGCUGUUUGAUCCUACAAGAACGGAAUCCCACUCGCUACGAUCUCCAUUCUGUUAAUUACGGUCACAAAGCGGAUUGGGCACUAAUUUGCUUGUUCUCUCUCUCUCUCUCUCUCUCUCUCUCUCUCUCUCUCGAUUUGGAUACUGUGAUCUUAGAGUAGAUUCAUUCAUGUCUUUUCGCUGUUUCCCGGGCUUGAAUCGGUGAUGCAGGAAUUGGUAAUGGGAAUCAGUAAAACCGAGAUAGACUUGAGGAGGCUGCUCGACGCUGCCCCGCGGCAGCAAAAUCAAGCCAAACUUGUACAUUAUGUUGCUAGUCUGCGAGAACAAUUGGAGAAUUUGGGUGCAGAGAGAACUCCAGAUGGUUUGCCUAGGGUUUCCAAGACGAAGGUAAAUGAUUAUUCAGACAGGAUUGAAGCAAUUGCUUCUAAACUUGCGGCUGCACCAUUGCCUGAGAUUAAGGCACCAGCGGAGCCUAUUGCUAGUUCUAGCAGGGGUAGUCUUACUGUAGAGGAAGAAAAUCGCCUUCCAUCUUCCCCCGGUUUGAGAAGGAGAAAGCAACUCUCAAACGUUGAAGACAGAAGUCACGACAGUGCUCACGGGGAUUCAUCCACAGCCCAAGUGAAACUGGAUGCUGCAGCUCACAUGCACAUAGAAAAGCACAGAAAGUUGCAGGAGGACCUGACAGACGAAAUGGUUGUCCUGGCACGGCAACUGAAAGAGAGCAGCCUAAUGAUGCAUCAGUCUGUGCAGGGCGCUGAAAAGGUACUGGAUUCGACGGAGCAAGCAAUCGAGCAAAGCUUGGCUACCACAGGCCAUGCUAAUGUCCGGGCUGCGCAAGUCGUCUCUCAAAGCUCCAAGACCUCAUGCCUCACCUGGCUUCUCCUCUUCGCCAUGAUUUGCAUCUUCGUCAUGGUCGUGCUUCUCAUUCGUGCCACCUAACGGAUACUCUUUUUUGGUUUGUUCGGGAAAGAAAGGUUUAUUUGUUCCCAAUUUCAUACGUGCUCUAAUUCGCAGGAGUUGCUUAACAGAAUCAUCAUUUUGGUAACGAAAUUACGAGUUCAUUAAACAGUUGUUAAUGACUCCGGAAUAGAGUAUCGAUAUGGACGACUUCCAUUCUUGUAUAGAGUUAUAGAUUCCAUUUUCAGGUUCCUAUUCCUAAUUCGUUUUCACAGUUGUUAAUGACUACUACUUAAUGAAAUACUUCUUAUAGUCUAUUUGGAUGAAGCAUUUCUAAAAUGAGGUAUUCUGCAUCGAAUAAUCGAAUUUAAUACUC